AUGCCCCGAUCCGAAAUCCCCAUCCCCAACCCCCCCGCCCUCCCCUCCUCCCUCCCAGACAGCAUCCUCCACGACCUAUCUGUCACCCUCCCUCCCAAACCCCUCCCCCCCACCGACCUCGCCUCCCUCAAAGCCUUCCAGCGAGCAGCAAACUACCUCGCGGCAUCCAUGAUCUUCCUCCGCUCCAACACUCUGCUGCAAAACCCCCUCUCCCACAACGACAUCAAGCCCCGUCUCCUCGGGCACUGGGGCACCUGCCCUGGCCUCGUCCUUGUGUAUUCCCACCUCAACCUUCUUUUGCGAAACAACCCCGACCUAGAAAUGAUUUUCGUCAUCGGUCCCGGUCACGGCGCUCCCGCUGCGCUGGCUGCUUUAUGGCUUGAGGGGUCACUGGAGAGGUUUUACCCCGGGGAGUAUGAUCUCACGGAAAGCGGGUUUCAUAACCUGGUGACGAGAUUUUCUGUGCCGGGGGGGUUUCCGAGUCAUAUCAAUGCCGAGACUCCGGGUGCUAUUCAUGAGGGGGGGGAGUUGGGGUAUGCGCUGGGGGCGGCGUUUGGUGCUGUCAUGGACAAGCCUGAUUUGGUCGUCACGGUAGUGGUUGGUGAUGGAGAAGCGGAGACGGGACCGACGGCUACGGCGUGGCAUGCGAUCAAAUUCUUGGACCCGAAGGAGUCGGGGGCGGUGAUCCCGAUACUGCAUGUCAACGGGUUCAAGAUUAGCGAGAGGACUAUUUUUGGGUGUAUGGAUGACAAGGAGAUUGUGGCUUUGUUUAGUGGGUAUGGGUAUCAGGUUUUGGUGGUGGAGGAUUUGGAACGGGUGGAUGAGGAGUUGCAGGGGGGGUUGGACUGGGCUUUGGGGGAGAUCAGGAAGAUACAGAAGGCGGCGAGGGAGGGGAGGGCAGUGGUUAAGCCGAGGUGGCCGAUGAUUGUGCUGAGGACGCCGAAGGGGUGGACGGGGCCGAAGGAGGUGGAUGGGAAGAUUAUUGAGGGGAGUUUUCACUCGCAUCAGGUGCCGCUUCCCAAGGCGGGGGAGGAGGAUGGACAGCUGGGGGACUUGGGGAAGUGGCUUGAGAGUUAUCGGAUUGGGGAGCUGGUUAAGGACGGAAGGCCGACGGAGGAGGUGACGAGGAUUUUACCGCGGGAGAGGGAGAGGAGGUUGGGGCAGAAUAGGCUGACGUAUGAUGCCUAUGAGGGGUUGAAGAGGGUUGAUUGGAGGGAGUUUACGGUGGAGAAGGGGACUGAUCAGAGCUGCAUGAAGGUUACGGGCAAGUUUUUGGACAGGGUGUUUCGGGAGAAUCCGAAGAGCAUAAGGUUGUUUUCGCCGGAUGAGCUGGAGAGCAACAAGCUGGAUGCGAUACUGGAUCACACGCAGAGGAACUUUCAGUGGGAUGAGUAUUCGAGGGGGAACGGGGGAAGGGUGAUCGAGGUGCUGUCGGAGCAUGACUGCCAGGCUUUCAUGCAGGGGUAUACUCUGACUGGGAGGACUGCCAUCUUUCCUAGUUAUGAGUCUUUUUUGGGUAUUGUCCACACCAUGAUGGUGCAGUACUCCAAGUUUGUCAAGAUCGCCCGGGAAGUUCCCUGGAGGGGGGAUUUGGCGUCGAUCAACUACAUUGAAACCAGCACUUGGGCUCGGCAGGAGCACAAUGGGUUUUCUCAUCAGAACCCCAGCUUCAUUGGUGCGGUUCUUAACCUCAAGGCUGAGGCUGCGAGGGUUUAUCUUCCUCCCGACGCCAAUUGUUUUUUGUCGACUGUUCACCACUGCCUCGGGUCAAGGAAUUAUACGAAUCUCAUCAUCGGGUCCAAGCAGCCUACUGCUGUGUACCUCUCUGCAGAAGAAGCGGCCGAACACUGCAGGCGAGGCGCGAGCAUCUGGCAGUUUGCCUCGACCCCUCUCGGGCCGAACGAGGAGCCGGAUGUUGUCUUGGUGGGCAUCGGGGUGGAGGUCACGUUUGAGGUUAUCAAGGCGGCGGAACUGCUCCGGGAGAUUUGUCCGGCGUUGAAGGUCAGAGUGGUGAAUGUUACCGACCUUAUGAUUCUUGCUCCUGUGAGCAGGCACCCUCAUGCGUUGAGCAAGGAGAGGUUUUUGGAGUUGUUUACGCGGGAGAGGCCGGUGUUGUUUAAUUAUCAUGGGAUGAGGCUUGAGGGGUAUAGGGAGGAGGGGACGACGACGACUCCGAUUGAUAUGAAGUUGUUGAAUGGGGUCAAUAGGGAGGAGGUGUUGGGGGAGAUUGAGAAGAGGGUUGGGGAGGUGAGGGGGUUUGUUGAGAGGGAGGGGAAGGAUCCGGAUGAUAUGUAUGAGGUUGCUAGGUUUGAGUAG